GCACAUGUGUACGUGUGUGGAGGCUGACUUGAUCUUGCGAGGUGUUCGCUUUCUAGUCUGUCCUUGCCAAUAGUACUGCUAAAUCUCUCGUGUUGCUCCACUGAGCGGGGAACAAGGCAAUGGCACUCCCCUUUGUUCGCAGAUCGAUAUGUGCCUCUCAGGCCUGGCACGGAGCAAUCCUUUCGUCCCAAGCGAGAUCAGUCCAUGUGUCUAGCAGUUUGUCCUACAGGCGACCAGAGGUGAACAUCCCGGAGGAGAAGUACCCCGGUUCUUACACGGACACAAGCGUCAUUCCCCCAUCGAACGGCUUGCGACGAGUGGAGCCCCCAGACUGGGAUGGCAUGGGCUAUCUGGACAAGAAAGGAUGGUUCCAUGAAUGGCUGUUCGGAAGGUCACCGAAGGGUGAUGAUCCUGUAGAUGGGGCAUACAUGCCACAAUCAAGGAAAGAAUACCAUGAGUGGGAAGAGCUAUUGCAGGAGGCUCGGGAGGCUUACUUUGGCUCAUACCCACCAAAGCCACUGCCAAAAGACUACUACUUUCGUGUGAUUGACUUCUGCAUCAAGUACGACAAUGAGGAAUGGCUUGAGAAGACCUUCGAUGAGUACCACUUCAAGCACUAUAGAAAUCCAGACCCAGACUUUGAAGCCUUGGAGAGCAAGGUUAACGAGUACCGGUCGUUGAAGCGACAGGAGAGGUGGGAUACAUGGUGAAGAGAAGCUGCACAUCUGAACUCCAGCUUCUAGCUGUGUUGUCUCAUCGCCACUAUUCUAUUUCUCUACUCACCAAAGUAUCUCCUCAUGCAGCUAGUAUUGACAACACACCAUGCAUACUUCAAAGAAGUAAUUUGCACUACAAGGCUGCAAUUAUCAAUAUACUGCGUCAUAUACUAUUUGUCUAGCAUGUUUAAUUUAAUUUACCCAGUAAAGAUGCUGCACACCCUAGUACUAGCUGUUCACAGGUGUGGAGUUCUGCAGUUUCUUUACUCACUCCAAAAGCUACACCCAUUACAUAGUUGAGUGCCGCGCUGCUUGUACAUAUAGACAAUGUCCACGUAAUGUAGCGGAGGCAUGUCCUCCCUAUUGUAAUAUCAUUAUUACCUUUUUUCUGAUUAAUGUGAGAGAAGCUGUUUGAAUUGUUUUUCUUUGACUCACCCGUGGUUCCGGAGAGAAAACAAAUUGUAGAAUAUGUUACUACAAAUUUCAAUGUCCCCUCGCUAAUAAUAUUAUUCAUUGCUGCAACAAAGCUAGCUCUCGUC